AUGUCUCUAUUCAAACAGGUUGACGUGUUUGCCAAUUCAAGAUACAAGGGCAACCCCGUGGCGGUUUUCUUCGAUGCCGACGACUUAUCCACUGAGCAGAUGGCCCAAAUGUCCCGCUGGACAAACCUAUCUGAGGCUACAUUCAUUGUGAAACCCACCACCAAGGAUGCCAGUUACAAAGUCCGUAUUUUCGCCCACGAGCACGAAUUGCCCUUUGCAGGCCAUCCAACUAUAGGUACUUGCCACGCCUUACUUGAAGCAGGCCUUAUCGAGCCUCGGGACGGGAAAAUCUACCAGGAAUGCGGUGCUGGUUUGGUCGAGCUCACAGUGGCUGAUGGCCUCAUCUCCUUCCAGCUUCCCUACGCUAAGCAAUUGCGUACGCCUGGUGAUAUAACCGCCGUUACCAAGCAUCUCUUCCAGGGGGAGAUCAAGAACACCUCACCCGAAGCGAUUCUUUUCGACGUGGGUCCCAAAUGGCUCACACUCCGGCUCGACAGCGCUGAGACCGUGCUUUCGCUCAGACCCAAUCAUGGCGGAAUAAGACAAGUUUCUGAAGCCUGGGGCAUCACCGGAAUUCAAGUUUUGGGGCCUCAAAAGGAAAAGGAUGCGUAUGAAUUGAGAACCUUCGCCCCUGCUGUGGAGGUGAAUGAAGACCCAGUUUGCGGAUCUGGACUGGGAGCUGCCGGGGCUUUCUUAGCUGCUACUGGAGAGUUGAAGGGCAAGGUUAGCAUUUCUCAAGGCACUGUGGUGGGUCGCCAGGGUAAAGUUACCGUUCACAAUGAGGAUAGAAUUAUCGUUGGCGGUCCUUCAAUUACCACUAUUGAGGGUAAGUGGCAAUCUUGA